CAGAACACAACAAUAACAUGUAUUACUUCAAAAUUGGAGGGCUAUGUAAGUUCAUACCUUGAUCUACCGGUUAAAGUUAUUAUGGACGGAUAUUCCCAUCAGUUCAAUAACAGAUACAGAUAUAUGGCUGAUUCUACUAUCACAGGUAUAGAACCAAUCCAAUCAAUACAAAGUGGUGGUAUUGUCAUCACAGUAACUGGAACCAAUCUUCAUAUAGUAACAGAACCAAAGAUUGUAGCCUAUCUGCCUCACAACAAGAAAAAGACUGCGUCAGUGACAUGUUACAACAACUCUGAUGAUGGUACACUAAUGUUAUGUCCAGCACCAGAUAUCUCCAGAAUAUUGGAACAUAAUCUACCAUGCUGUAGAGGGAAAUCAGUGAACAUAGGUUUUAUAAUGGACGGGAUUGAAUCAGUCAGACAUUUGAAUAGAUAUCUAGAAUAUUUCAUCAAUCCUGUUUUUAACGAAUUUACAGGGGCCACAAAUGUCAAAUACUUCUUGAUUACCGAAGAAGAGCUGGAAAUAAAGGGAGAAUAUUUUCAUUAUGGAUUUACCACCAAAGACGUAACAGUAAAGAUAGGUAAUUCUUCUUGUGAAGUAUCCAAAAUGAAAUACACAAUGCUGUUAUGCAUUCCAAAGGAUAAGCCAUCGUCUCUCAAUAGCACAGAACGAAGGAAGACAGUGGUGGUUAAUGUUGGGUAUAGCAGUUACUUUAUUGGAGAACUUAUUUACAUAGAUCAACCAUUAUCAGAUUUGUUACCGGGAGUGACCCAAACGUUGUCAUCAGGAAUCAUUGCAAUGACUGUUAUCUUAGGAUUAGUCGCAUGCUGUAUUAUAGUACUUGUUUUUGUGAUAAAACAAAUGGGAAUAGGACCUUUCAAACGGCGUUCGGAAGACCAUAAAUAUCAGAAUGUGGGAGUUUUUCCUGAUGAACAGAUAGUCAUUGGAAUUGAAAAUUUGCAAAGUGAGGAUGUUGAACAAGAAUUACAGGAAGAUGCAACUGAAUGUUGGUCCACGAUCAUGUUGGAUGACGACAUACUGUUAGUGUUGAAAGAUAAGGAACUACUUAUUGAAAGAGAUACACUGACACUAGCAGAGAUGAUUGGCAAAGGGCAUUUUGGAUGUGUAUAUAAAGCAUAUAUAGAGGUCCUCAAUCUUUCAACUGAAACAAAGCCACAACUUGUAGCCGUGAAAACACUUAAUCAAAAUACUACUCAUCAGACAGAUGUAGAUGAUUUUAUUGAUGAAGCACUUAGGAUGAAAGAUUUCCAUCACCCUAAUGUCCUCAGCUUAAAUGGGAUAUGUUUUGAUUUAGAUGAUAUGCCAAUGGUUAUAUUACCAUUCAUGAAGCAUGGCGAUUUGUUGUCUUACAUAAGAAAUGCAAAGACUUGGUCGUUUGGUAUUGUAUUGUGGGAGUUGAUGACAAGGGGUGUCAAACCUUACCCUGAAGUUGAUAACUGGGAUAUUCUACGAUACAUAAAGAAAGGAAGAAGAAUGCCACGGCCAGCUUGCUGUCCAGCUACUCUAUUUGAAAUUAUGAUAAAGUGCUGGUUAUUUGAUCCGAGCGAACGCCCAAACUUUCCUGAGCUUGUGCAUGAUAUAAAUGAAAUAAUUACUCUUGCGGACCAACAAAUGAAAGAAGGAAACCUUGCCAUUUACGAAAUUCUGCAAACAUAUGUAAAUACCAACGCUUGUAAAGACUAUCACUGUUAUGAUGACACAAAGAAAAGUAUAGAAACAGAAUCAUUUUGACAAACUGAGUUAUUUUUUCCCUCUGUGAAUGCCAGAAUUCAGCCAUUGGCAAAACAUAAAGGAUAAAUCACCCUAAAGAAAACUAUUUGACGCCUAGAUUUUGUUUUAUAUAUUAGUGAACUUAUUUCUGUUGGUAUAAUUGAUUGCAUUUUCACGAUUAGAGCUAUGAAUCGUUUUUACACCGUCUGAGUAUAGUUAUAUACAGUUGAUACAGUUACUACAUAUAGUUUUCUGUUAUAUUUUUAAUCAGUUUACGCACAUUAUUUGAUCAUUUAAAUAUGGCGCUGUACUUACUUUAACUUGUAUGAAAAUCGUUAACUAUUCCAAAAAACAUUUGUACAUUAUAUGUUUAUCGUAUUAUACAUAUUCAACAUUGUCUAUCGUCAUUAAUAAUUUGUUUUAUGUUUAACUGUUUUAAUUGUUAAAUGAUGACAAUCAGAAUAAUAAUUCGCAGGUCAGAAAAUACCUUGGACUGACAAAAUGCGACAACCGUCCACAAAAAAUUGGACGGAUAACACCUUAUACUCCAUAAAAAGACGAAAAAACAAACAACUAUACACAAAUUACAAAACAGACAAAACCUUAUACUACAGAAAAAAACGAAAAAACAGCAGACAACAUCUUAGUCUAUCCUUUCCUUGAAGUAAGUUAACGGUAUAUACUUGUUUCCGAUUCUUCUUCUUGGGAAAUACCUAUACUGAUUUAAAGUUAUGUCAGGAAACAACAAAUAUAUAUCAAAAAUGUUGUCGUCAGAUUAGGUUUUUCAUGAACUAUAAUUUAUCGUUUAAAUUAUAGGUAUCUGUUUCUCGUUCGUCCUUUUUCUAAUAAAAACUGUGCGAAUUAUUUCAAUGUUUCUUUGAGUUUUUAAUGACGAGUCUUUUUGUAAAAGGCAGAGAAGUCAUCUAUUUUAAUACUUUUGCCUUACUGUAAUAAUUGUAUUGUUUUUUUUUUGUAAAUAGAUGUAUUUGUACCUUUUGAUUAAGCAUUAAAAAUGCUAAACUUUAUGCUGUGACUUUUAUAUAGCAAGCCAUUCAGAUAAAAGAUUUUUUCAUUUAAUGUGAGAAGAAAUAUAUGUUCAGACAGUAAACAUUUGGGUACAAUUUCUGUUACAUUUUCCACUUAAAAAUCUUAAUAUUCUUUUUUUAGGUCUAUCACAUAUGAUUUGCAAUUUUGAAAUAAUUAUAAAAUAACGUAAACAAACUUGUACAAGUCCAGCAUUUUUAUAUCACAUUUAACAGCUUAAUCAUUUGUUCAAUAUUGCUUUCAAUAUAUUUACAACUUUAUAAAUUACAACUUUUUAUAACCAAUUUCAAUUGCAUUCUCCAUUAUAUUUGAAGUUUUUAAUUUAUAUUUCAAUAAAAAUAAUUAUAUUUUAUCAACUUCAUGCUCUA